UUGGUCUGCGUUUUAAACACCGCAGCCUCUGCAGAGGAUCCAUUCCAAUUCCGGAUUCCGUAAAGCCUAAAGCAGCAGCUGAAAAUUUUAAUUUAGAUUUGAACGAUGGCAGAAUUUGUGGAAGCAGAUAAUGCAGAAGCCAUUUUCACACGAAUCGAGCACAAAUCGAGCAAGAUCGAGAGCCUACUCAAACAGUAUAAACCGGUUGAAGCUUUGAAGACAGCUCUUGAAGGUUCGCCCCCCGUCACCAAAGACGAGCGUUGCAAGUCUGCGAAUUGGAUAGUGGUGCAUAGGGCGAUAAUGGCGAUAAAAGAUAUCGAUAGUUUGUUCUCAGCUCUUGAUCUGGAGUACUACGAUGUUCUGAUGAAGUACUUAUAUCGAGGUUUAUCUACUGGAGAUCGUCCUACGUGUGACCAAUGCCUAAAAAUUCAUGAAAAACUCACAGAAAGAGCGGGAUUGGGAUGCAUACUACGAUGCCUGGCAGACAAAGUCAACACUGUUUAAUUGUAAUUUGUUCUUGUCUCUGCACUUGUGUACAGGAUUAUCAACUAUAUGUAUCCAUGAAUAACCCCUGUUUUGAUGCAAAUCAUGAGUUAUUCUUUGCUCAA